AUGGGUGUGCCACAGGUAUGGGAAUUAUUGAAGCCUCAUAUAAAGGAUAAGAGAGUCCCACUCAGAAAGUUUGCAGCCGAUUUCAAAAGUAGAUAUGGAUCGCCAGUACGAAUUGCAAUUGACGGUUAUACAUGGCUGUACGAAUGUGGAUUCUUUUCAAACCAAGAAUCACCAGAGAAAUUUGCAGGUCAAGGCCAAAUCUCAAAAGCUGUACUGAACCUGAUGCAUCGACUGAAGGAAUUAUUAUCUCUUGAUAUCAGUUUCAUCCUAGUUUUUGAUGGUGAGAUGAAGCCUUGGUUUAAGAACAAUUUUAGGUCGAAUGAUGAAUUGACGAAUGUAAAUCUAUCAGAGGACUAUUUCUCUAAUUGGCAAGAGCAUUUACGUUCGCAUAAAGAGUUUAAUACAUGUCUGAAAGCCAACUAUGUGGACGAUUCCACUGGUUUUAUGAGGGCUGUGAAAUUACUUCUGGAUACUAUGAAGAUUUCUUACAUUGAGGCUUGUGGAGAAGGGGAAGCUCAAUGUGCAUGGUUACAGAAAAAUGGGUACGUCGAUUACGCUCUCAGUAACGAUUCUGAUACUUUAAUUUUUGGAAGCACCAAAAUGUUGCGCAAUUAUUCUAAAGCUAUUGACGAUUUUGGUGUCACUGGUGUUGGAAGUCAUCGACCAGAGGUUAGACGUGACACCAAGGAGACUUUUAUUACCGUUGUCGAACUUGACGAUAUUCGGGAAUCCACUACAGACAGAUAUGAAUGGUGGACAUUACUUUUCUUUAGCAUUUUGCUUGGCGCUGACUAUAACCAGGGUAUUAAAGGUCUUGGUAAGACAAAAUCAGCGAGGUUAGCUCAGUUGAGGGACCCUGACUUUGCAGCUCAGUUUCGUCACAUAUUUGGUACUAUCGAGAAUCCAUUUGAACCCGAAGCCCGUGAGGUUAAAUACAAGACAUUUCAGGAAAAGGUUCUCAAAUACUGCAGUGAAAACUCCGUCAAAUUGUUUGGUCGUAAUUAUAAAGCCCUUUUGAGCAAAGAGAAUAUGGAAGGCUGGCCCAGCCAGACCGCAGUCAUGUAUUACUUUCACCCAUAUUUGGUACCCGAUCUGGAUCGCAGCUUUUUCGACAGCAGAUAUGUCAACAUGAGUGAGAAUUUGUCUUACCAAGAUAUUCAGUUUGAGAAAUUGCAGGCAUAUUUGUCCGACAUUCACUUAUCUGGAGUUACUCAUUUCAAAAGGUGGUAUACUGAGGCAAUGCAGGAGUCAUUUGUACUAAGACACUUGUUAAAUGAUGGUCCGUAUCUCUAUGAUGAAAUGAAAAUAACUGAAGAGAAAACUUUCUUUGGGAAUGAGGAUAAUUUUCAGUACAGUUGUUGGAAGGUUCGUUACAACGACUUUCUAGAUCUAUUCCCCGACUCUCAGAGUCCUCUCAAUCAAACACCUUUCUUACCUCAUGGAAUUUCUACAAAAAGACGUGCAGAUACUUUGAAGUUCAAGUAUAGUGUCUGGAUACCCAAGGGUUUAUUUCCAGAGUCCCAUCGGCUAGUAAAACUCUUCAAGGAAGAGACAAAGCUCAAGGGUUCUCCUAAAAAGUCUCAUAAGAGGUCUCCCAAACGUAGUCCUCAAAAAAACACUUUAGACUCCUUUCUCUCUGCCCACUCAUCCCCAAUCAAUGAGACAAAAUCUACAACAACACCGAACGUUCCUGUUCUAGAGCCGGUUAAGAGACGUCUAUUUGUCGAAACUGAUGUUGAAGAAAAUGACACUGUAGAGGAUGAGGGGGAUAGUUCACUGAUCUUCCUAAGUGAAUCUAAGGUAACCGAAUCUCAGCGAUCACCAUCAGCCAAAACCUUCUGGGACUUAACAGUGGACGAAGAACAGGACAGCAUCGAAUCACCACAGAAAAGACAACGUUUAAGCACAGAAAAGUCAAAUAACUGA